UUAAAAAGGAUUCCUACACGCACAGACAGGGCAAAGGAAGCAAACGAGAAGGGGCAGAAGAUUGCAAGGUGAAGGAAAGGUAUGGAGUCGGAUUUCGGCGUUCCUCGGGAGCUAUCGGAGCUCCAGAAGAAGCGAGCAGAGUACCACCCUGAGCUCCCUCCCUGUCUCCAGGGCACUACGGUGAGGGUAGAGUUUGGCGAUUCGACAACCUGUGCAGAUCCAUCUAGUGAACAUGUCAUCGGUCGGGCGUUUCCGCACACAUUUGGUCAGCCAUUAGCUCAUUUCUUGAGGGCCACAGCCAAGGUGCCUGAUGCCCAGAUCAUUACGGAGCAUCCCCCUAUGAGGGUUGGUGUGGUAUUUUGUGGAAGGCAAUCACCAGGAGGACAUAACGUUGUAUGGGGCCUUUAUAGUGCUAUUAAAAUUCACAACCCUGACAGUAUUUUGCUUGGUUUUGUUGGUGGCACUGAAGGUCUAUUUGCACAGAGAACUCUGGAAAUCACAGAUGAGGUUCUUGCUACUUAUAAAAAUCAAGGUGGCUAUGAUUUGCUAGGCCGGACUGUGGAUCAAAUCAGAACAACUGAGCAAGUAAAUGCUGCUUUGACUGCUUGCCGAGAUCUGAAAUUGGAUGGUCUUGUCAUUGUUGGAGGAGUCACAUCCAACUCAGAUGCUGCUCAGCUUGCAGAAACAUUUGCUGAGGCCAAAUGUCCAACAAAGGUGGUUGGCGUCCCUGUUACUUUUUAUGGGGAUCUUAAGAAUCAGUUUGUUGAGACCGAUGUUGGAUUCGACACUGUUUGCAGGGUUAAUUCGCAACUAAUAAGCAAUGUCUGCAUUGAUGCACUGUCUGCAGAGAAGUAUUAUUAUUUCAUUCGCCUGAUGGGACGCAAAGCUUCUCAUGUGGCUUUAGAGUGUGCACUUCAGAGUCAUCCGAAUAUGCUCAUCUUGGGAGAGGAGGUGGCCUUGUCAAAACUUACCAUUUUUGACAUUACAAAGCAAAUUUGUGAUGCAGUUCAAGUCAGGGCAGAGAAAGAGAAGUACCAUGGUGUCAUUCUCAUUCCUGAGGGUCUCAUAGAGAGCAUUCCAGAAUUGUAUGCUCUUCUACAGGAAAUUCACGGUCUCCACAACCAAGGCAUUUUAACUGAAAAUAUUUCUUCUCAUCUUUCACCUUGGGCAUCUGCGUUGUUUGAAUUUUUGCCACCCUUUAUUAGGAAACAGCUGCUGCUUCAUCCAGAAUCUGAUGACUCUGCCCAGUUGUCCCAGAUUGAAACAGAGAAGCUCUUUGCACAGUUAGUUGAAACAGAAAUGAACAGAAGGAUGAAAGAAGGCAUAUAUAAAGGGAAGAAAUUCAAUGCCAUCUGCCAUUUCUUUGGGUAUCAAGCUCGUGGAUCUUUACCAUCAAAAUUCGACUGCGACUAUGCAUAUGUUCUUGGACACAUCUGCUAUCAUAUCCUAGCAGCGGGUUUAAAUGGAUACAUGGCCACUAUAACAAACUUGAAACAUCCUGUGAACAAAUGGCGCUGUGGUGCUGCACCACUUACGGCAAUGAUGACUGUGAAGCGAUAUUCUCGUGGACCUGGAGCCACUCCUAUUGGAAAACCUGCCAUCCAUCCCUCUACGGUGGACUUGAAAGGAAAAGUUUACGAGUUGUUGAGACAGAAGGCUUUGAGCUUUUUGAUGGAUGACUUGUACAGAAACCCAGGACCACUUCAAUUUGAAGGACCGGGAGCUGAUGUUAAGACCUACACACUCUCUGUUGAGGAUCAAGAUUACAUGGGCCGAAUAAAGAAGCUCCAGGAAUACCUAGAUAAGGUGAAGAGCAUCGUGAAGCCUGGGUGUUCACAAGAUGUUCUCAAGGCUGCUCUGAGUUCCAUGGCUUCUGUAACUGAAGUACUAUCGGUAAUGUCGACUCCAUCAUUUGGUGGCCGUUAUCAGCCACUUUAACUUCGAGGCCAAACUUUCCUGGACGUUUUGGUAUAUAGAUAUGUGUUAUCUCAGGCUUCUGUUAAUUCUGGUGACGGUCCUUUGUGUCCAUGAGUUCUGUUGUCGUGCAAUAAGAAUAUGAAACCUGUUAUUUCAGCUGAAACAACUGAGAGUUAGAAUGUUUGUUACUUGGGAUCGUUGACUGCUUGUACAUAUGAUCUAAAUAAUGAUGCAUUUUGGGUUGCACAGCUUG